GGAUAGAUCCAAACCAAAUUAAUAUCUUGGUUAGAAAAGGUUGGGAUGUUACAUCUAGUUAAUUAAUUAUGACAAAAGGAAAUUAUAUUUUUACUAUUAUUGUAGAAAACGGCUCAAUUAGCUAAAAUAGUGUAUAAUUGUCCAGAUUGAAUGAACCAGCUGACGAAUGCUAAGUGGUUAAACAAGGGAAUUAAUAACUAACUAACUAACCAAUCACGGUAACAAGUCGGAGUCGUUUAAAUGCAAUAUCUUGAUCUUUCAUUUGACACUGAGUGGAAUGGUUUAUGCAGAUGAAUCAUUACCCCAAUCCCUGCAGUACUCCGCUUCCCGGUUGUUCAAAGUUUCAUAUACUCGAUCUAUUGAAACAAAAACAAAAAAAAGUUUAAUAUGAGUGAAAAUAUAACUCCAUGCUACCGCGAUUAGCGAAUACACAAGAUUAAGAAUUCGCAAGCAACUGUGAAAGUUUGGAAGUUGCAGAUCGCAGAUUUGAAUACAAGCGAGGUUCGUUGGUGUUUUUGGAGGUAUAAGGUUGUUGGGAGUGAAGUCUUGUUGACAUCGAAUUAGAUUGCAGGUGGUCCUCAAAUUUAGUAGGACGCGCUAUUACAAAGUUGCACGUGUGACUGAGGUUUCUGGAUAAAAAAUAAAAAAAAUUCGCAAGCAACCAUCACCAGCCCGAAUAGCAAUAAGAAAAAUCUCUGAACUAAUCAGUAUUAUUAUUAUUAUUAUUAUUAUUUAUAAUCAUCUAUUAAAAAAAAUAGGAUGAUGGCUUUUACGUUGUUGUUAGUGGCGAGUAAUGCGGUUUAAGUUGACUAAUGUUACCAGCGGGUGAAGGAUGGGGCCCACGUAGCCCAUCAUUCACAGAAUCAUACAGCCCACGUAGCCCGCUCCAUCUCCAACCACCGCUGGGAGGUCCCCACUUUACCGUUGGAUGGUGCAUGUCCGCCACGCGGCACCGUUAGAUUUCCCCCGACUCAUUGAGACACGAACACGAUCGAUCCCCUCCACCUUUUCUUUGCCGUCGGUCCUUCCUUCCGGCCACUCGCGAAUGACAGGAAAGGUUUGGCGCGCUCUGGACCGUCACCACCCCAAGUGGCAACCUUUCUCCCCACGCUCUCAAUCUCACCGCCCUCCACGUUUGAGGAGGCUCCACUAAUGUCACCGUCCGGUCACUGACACUCCCUCAAAUAUUUUUUUUAAGGCAGGACAUGUCAGUUCCCAAACCCUUCCUCUGCAAUCCACAAUCUUCUAGCUACUAAGAGCGUUGUUAUUAAUUUAUUAUUAUUAUUAUUAUUAUUAGCGAGAGUGGGAAAAGGAAAAGGAAAAGGAAGCUGUUCCGAGGAAAAAAGAUUACGUGGGGAGUAAGCGAAACAAAAAAAAAGGGGUUAAAUUAGUCAUAAACUUGGGUUAUCUUUUUUUGAAAUCAUUGUCGCUACUUUUAUUCAAUAAUCUUAUCGUCAAAUUGGGGAUUCAGGGUGGGUUUUCAAUUUUGGGCAGUGAGUGAGAGAUUUGGCCUUUCCUUCAAUUCUUUUCUCCCCUAAUUGUUAUUUUAUUUGGAGGGGCUUCCUGGCUGGGUGGGGAGUGGUGGUUGGAUUGGAUUGGAUGGGUGAUGGUUUUUAGAGGGAGUUAAGCUUCACCCUGUUUUUGGUUGGAGGAAAGGGGAAAAGAAACUCAAUUCUCAAGGAACCGAGGGAGGGAGGAAGAAAUGCGGAAAUCGUUUAAGGAUUCUCUCAAGGCUCUGGAAGCUGAUAUUCAGUUCGCCAAUACCCUGUCUUCUGUUUAUCCUGCUGAAUACGAUGGGGGAUGUCUUCAGAUGAGGCUAUCUUACAGCCCUGCCGCUCACAUAUUCCUCUUUCUAGUUCAAUGGACCGAUUGCCAUCUCGCCGGAGCCUUGGGGUUGCUCCGAAUACUCAUCUAUAAGGCUUAUGAAGAUGGGAAGACAACGAUGUCAGUCCAAGAGAGAAAAGCUAGCUUGAAGGAGUUUUACGGGGUGAUAUUUCCUUCUUUAAUGCAACUCCAGAGAGGGAUUACGGACGUGGACGAGAGGAAACAGAGAGAAAUCUGCGCCAAAUACAUGAAGAAAGACGAGACAGACAAAGGCAAGCUGACUGAGAUUGAUCUUGAAAGGGAGGAAGAAUGUGGGAUAUGCAUGGAGAACAACACAAAAGUCGUUUUGCCAAAAUGCAGCCAUUCUCUCUGCCUCAAGUGCUACAGAACCUGGCGAGCGAGGUCGCAGUCGUGUCCAUUCUGCCGGGACAGCCUGAAGAGGGUGAACUCAGGUGAUCUGUGGGUCUACACCAGCAACAAUGAAGUAGCUGAUCUGUCAGCUAUAACGAGGGAAAACUUGAAGAGAUUGUUCAUGUACAUCGACAAGCUUCCUCUCAUAGUUCCUGAUCGAAUGGUUGUUUCCUAUGAUUUAAGGUACCAGUAGCAAGGAGUAUGAAUUGGGGGAAAGCUGAUUGGGAAUGGUUUGUUUGUGUACAUAAAAAUUAGCAGUGUUGGGUUAUUUGUGCGUGGUUGCCUAUUAUUGACGCAACAACCAGUCAUUUUUAUUCUUCUGUUUGUGAGCCCUUUUUUUUUUGUUCCGGUAGUGUAGAAGUGGGAUUCAUAGCCUGUAAAUAAUUAGACCUUCCUCAUCUUCAGAAGUGUUGAUAGAGUGGAAGCAACGGAUGAUUCGUUGUUUAAUGGUAGCCUUGUUGAUAUGAUUUCAACCUUGACUAGUGCUGAUAGUUAUGGCUAGGAAUGGCAUUGGGGAAUUCUACCUUGUUAUAUGAACUUAGAUGCAAAUGGGCUGAGUUAAGCCGAGUUUUAUCCUAGCUUGAGCUUGACUCGUUAAUAAAGGAGUUGAGUUCGAGCUCGAGCCAUUUAUUAACUAGUCGAGUUUGAGUUAGACUUGUUUACUAAAUGUUUAGAUCGUAUUUGAUAUAUUCAUUUUGUAUGUCGUGUAUGGUAUAUGUGAUUGAUGUAAUAAUUAAAAAAAUAAUUAUAUGUUCAAUAUUAAUUAAUGUUAUAUUAUAAUUUGUAGGUGUGCAUAUUGUUUAGUUAAUAAAUUUUAACCAUUCAAAUCAUGUUAUUUCAUAGUAUCAAAACAAUUUUGUACAUAAUUUUUUUAUAGAAUAAAAAAUUAGGCAUAUUUUCUUACAUGUUCGACAUUUUAAACUUCACAUGAUAUGUGAUAUAUAAUUUAACAAUCUUAUGAAUUAUGAAAGUUCAAAUUAGAUCGAUUCGUCUAUAAGUUGAUGAUCAAGUUGGCUCUCAAACCAUAAUGUUGAGACAUCUCAUUAGUUUUAAAUGAGCCAACUCACGACUUGAGCUCAACAAGCCACCGAGUCGACCUAGCUCGCGAGCUUUGCUAACAAGGCUAAGCUCAAGCUUGGCUCGUUACUAAACGAGUCGAAUUUCAAACAAGUUUUUCCCGAUUCGAACCUCGAGUUGCUCGCGAGUAGCUCGGCUAAUUUACAGCCCUAUAUGAACCAAAUGAGUAUUGUGUAGAACUUAAAAUGGUUUAUGUGCGGAUUUGGGUGUAUUUGAAUUGAAUUCAAAUUGAAUAAACCCAUUUGGGUCAGAUUCAAAUGGGAGAUUGCACAAAGAAAAAAAAUAUGUUAUGGACCAUCUGAGUCGUCAGCUUAAUUACCCCUCUUUAGUGUUGGAUUUAAAAUUUGUUUGUUUCUUCCUAUUAAAAAAUAGGAGAAAAACUGCAUUCUAAUUAGGUGUUCGUUACCCAAUAUAAUAGGUCCAAUAUAGUCCAAACUAUAACAUUGUGUAUGAUUUUGUCUUAAAUAAAAGGCUAAUACCACU